GCACGUACUUUAUGGUGGUUAUUUUCAAAGAAAAACUGCAUAUAUCCUUUGUUUAAGGUUGCAUCGCCGUUUCACCCUUUUGAAUGUCAUUAAACCUGCUGACAACGCUCAUCGGUCUCCAGAGUCGUGACGUAAGAAAGGUGUUAAACAGCCCUUGCAUCAGACAUGCACCCCUAACGGCACAGUGAAACGGCGGCAUCCAAACAGACAGAGGUAACGCAGUCGUCGCACGCUAGAGUGAAGCUGACCACUACUACGCCACAACGCUACAACGCAAACGGCAUACAGCAGUGAUUCAGCAGUCAUCAUCUAGUCCACCCCACCAUGUCCAGCAAGGCGCCAUCUUUAAAGACCCGGUCCGAGGCUUCGACGAACUCCUCCACAGGUUCCGCAGCAGCUAGGGCAAGAGCAAAAGCUGAGGCAGCCAAAGCCCGCCUCGGUUUUGCAGCAAAAGAAAUGGACUUAAAAGUAGAAAAAGCUAAAAUAGAGGCAUCUAUUGAAUUUCUUCAACAUGAAAAAGAUGUUGCAUCUGCUAUUGCUGAAGCAGAGGCAUUAGAAACAGCUGUAGUCACACAGGUAGAAGCACGCAGCAAUCCUUGUUCUUUUGUCACAUCUGAACGUACAAAGCAAUAUGUCCUCAGCCAAGCUGAAUUUGUAAAAGAGGGAAAAUAUGUUGUUACACAGCCAUCACAAUGUGAAAAUGCUCCUCAGAGCAAGUCAAAGCUCAGUAGCAAUCAAUUACUUCAACCAACAAAACAAAGUGAUUCUAAACAAAUGCCCUUUGGCCCCCCUAAUUAUCUUAAAAACUUCCAAAACCCCUCAGUCAUUUCCUCCUCUCCUCACAUCCAAAACAAUGACAGUGCAAGUUGGUCAACUCAGGUAUCAGCAUCCAACUUCCAUGAUGUCCGACCUUCAUGCCAAGAGCCUAAAAACUCUAAUGUGAGUGACUUUAUUAGAUACUUUGCUCGCCGGGAAAUAGUAGCAACAGGAUUACUGCAAUUUAACGACAAGCCUCAAAAUUUCAGAGCUUGGAAACGUUCCUUUAAAAAUGCAAUAAAUGGAUUAGAACUAACAACAAGUGAAGAGAUGGACUUUAUGUUAAAGUGGCUUGGCAAAGAAUCCUCUGAACACGUAGAACAAAUUAGAGCCAUACACUUUAACAACCCAACCAAAGGUCUCAAUAUGAUGUGGGACAGACUUGAGCAAUGUUAUGGCGCAGCUGAAGUGAUUGAGGAUACACUCUUCAAAAGAAUUGAUAUGUUCCCCAAAAUCACAUCCAAAGACUACACAAAACUAAGGAAGUUUAGUGACCUGCUCAUGGAAAUGCAGAGUGCUAAAGCUGAAGGAGACCUUCCUGGUCUUGCGUUUUUGGAUACCGCAAGAGGAUUAAAUCCAAUUGUGCAGAAACUUCCCUUCAAUUUGCAAGAAAGGUGGAUCACAGUAGGAGCUAAAUACAAACGCACACAACGUGUCCCCUUCCCACCAUUCAAUGUUUUUGUAGACUUUGUAACGCAGGAAGCUAACUCAAGAAAUGACCCCAGUUUUAACUUUACAUCGUUCCCUGACGUACACAAACUCGACAAACUGCCAUGGAGAGCAUAUAAACAAAAAGAAAUUUCAGUGCACAAAACUGAUGUCUCCCGUUACAAUUUAGAUACACAAAAAACGGCAAACAAAGCUGUAGACAGCGACAAGCUUUGCCCAAUUCACAUGAAACCUCAUCCCCUCUUGAAGUGCAGAUCAUUUCGAAUGAAAACACUCGAUGAUCGAAAAACAUUCUUAAAAGAGAACCACAUUUGCUUCAAAUGCUGUUCUUCAUCUACACACAUUGCAAAAAACUGUAUGGUCAAGAUACAGUGCUCUGAGUGUCUUGAUGAAAAACACUGCACUGCUCUUCACCCAGGACCAGCACCCUGGCUUAGAGUAACUGAACCUGCAGCAGAGUAUGGCGGGGAGAGUGACUCCGCUAAGUCGGAGGAGAUCACGUCCAAGUGCACACAGGUUUGUGGCGUGAACGAAGCAGGCAGAUCCUGCUCUAAAAUUAGUCUUGUUAAAGUGUACCCAGCAGGCCAUCCUGAACAAGCAGUAAGGCUCUAUGCCAUCCAUGAUGAACAAAGCAACAGGUCGUUAGUAUGUCCUGAGUUCUUUGAAUUGUUCAAUGACCGUGGCCCUAGUUCCCCUUAUUCACUAAGGACAUGUGCUGGUACUAAAGAAGCAAUGGGCAGGAGAGCUACAGGAUAUGUAGUGGCAGCCAUAGAUGGUUCAGUUCACAUCCCAUUGCCUAGCCUCAUUGAAUGUAGAAAUAUCCCAAACGAUAGAGAUGAAAUUCCCACACCCAGUGCAGCCAUGCAACACAGUCAUCUAAAGUCAGUAGCUCACCUUAUCCCUGACCUGGACUCUAAUGCCCCCAUACUCAUGCUUCUCGGACGGGAUGCUAUUAGAGUUCACAAAGUCCGUAAACAGAUAAGUGGCCCUAACAAUGCACCCUAUGCACAAAAAUUGGACCUCGGGUGGGUCAUAGUAGGAAACGUGUGUUUAGGUGAUGUUCACAAAACUCUCGCUGUGAAGACGCUGUUCACAAAUACAACUGAGAAAGGGCGUCCUACAAUGUUUGAGCCAUGCCCCAAUGUAUUUAAUGUAAUAGAGAGACAUUGUGAGAUACAAGUUCCAUUCAGCUUCAGCACUCAACUUGUGGAUAGCGCUUGUGAACCUGAUCAUUUAGGAUGUAAUGUGUUCAAACAAACCAGACAUGACAAUUACAUCGCACCCUCCAUUCAGGACAAAGCCUUCUUGAAAAUAAUGGAAGAAGGACUACAAAAGGACACAGACAAGAGCUGGACAGCUCCAUUACCAUUCAAGUCGCCACGUCAAAAACUCCCUAACAACAGACCGCAUGCCCUGAGCCGCUUAAUGUCUCUUGUUCGUAGCUUUGAAAGGAAAGAAGAAAUGAAGGAACAUUUCAUCACGUUUAUGGACAAAAUAUUUGAAAACAAACAUGCAGAGCUUGCCCCUCCACUGAAAGACGAAGAGGAAUGUUGGUAUUUGCCACUAUUCGGUGUCUACCACCCUCGCAAGCCCAAACAGAUUAGGGGCGUCUUUGACAGCAGCGCGAAGUACAAGAAUGUGUCACUAAAUGAUGUGUUGUUGACAGGACCAGAUCUUAACAACUCACUGUUAGGUGUCCUAAUACGCUUCAGAAAGGAAGCUGUUGCCUUCACAGCCGACAUUGAACAGAUGUUUUACUGUUUCAAUGUUCGAGAGCAAGACAGAAAUUACUUGCGUUUUUUGUGGUUUCGUGACAAUGACAUUUCCAAAGACAUUGUAGAGUAUAGGAUGAGAGUCCACGUCUUUGGGAAUAGCCCAUCACCAGCAGUGGCCAUAUACGGCUUACAUCAGUCUGUUCUACGCAACCAGCCAGAUUGUGAUCCAGAUGUCAAGCAGUUUGUCACACACGACUUCUACGUAGACGACGGACUCAAAUCCCUCCCCACUGUUGAAAUGGCUGUGUCCUUAUUACAAAGAACCCGUGACACACUUGCAAACUCAAAUCUAAGACUGCAUAAAAUAGCAGCUAACAGAAAAGAGGUACUCGAAGCAUUCCCUUCACAAGAUCAUGCCAAAGACCUAAAGGACUUGGACUUUGAAGCUGAUUCAGUCCCCAUGCAACGUAGCCUGGGUCUCCUUUGGGACCUAAAGAAAGACUGCUUCACCUUUAGAGUGUCAGACGAGACAAAGCCGUUUACUAGACGAGGUGUUUUAUCAACAAUAAACAGCCUUUAUGAUCCAUUAGGCUUUGUAGCACCAGUAACAAUGCAGGGAAAGUCCAUUCUGCGUGAACUUAUGGCAGAGAAUGGAGACUGGGAUGCACCAUUGCCCUCAGAAAUGGAAGAGUCCUGGACCCUGUGGAAAGACUCACUUAAAGAACUGUCCAACUUGACCAUUCCCAGAGCAUACACAGAAAUUUCUCCCUCAACAACUACAAAAAAAGAGUUGUUGGUAUUUUCGGACGCAUCUACUAAGGCUAUAGCUGCAGUGGCCUAUUUAAGAGUAACAGAUGCAGCUAGGAACUGUGAAGUAGGCUUUGUUUUAGGUAAGGCAAAGUUAGCACCACGCCCAGAUCAGACCAUACCAAGAUUAGAGCUUAGUGCUGCUGUGUUAGCAGUCGAGCUUGCAGAUCUUCUCACUGACGAAUUAGGCUUUGAAAUAGACUACACUGCAUUCUAUACAGACAGUAAAGUAGUUCUAGGUUAUAUCCACAACGAGACAAGAAGAUUUUAUGUCUACGUGGCUAACCGUGUUACGAGAAUCCGCAAAUCUUCUCAACCAAGCCAAUGGCAUUACGUACCGAGCAGCCAGAACCCAGCAGAUCACGCCACACGUUCUGUUCCUGCUUACCAGCUACCCCUUAGUAACUGGCUCACUGGCCCCGACUUCAUGCUCCAAGAUCAAAGUCCCUCAAAUGACUCUUUUGAACUUGUUGAACCUUGCACAGACUCUGAUGUCAGACCACAGGUGUCUACACUCAAAACCACAAUCUCAACCAAACAACUUGGCUCUGACAGAUUCAACAAGUUUUCGACAUGGAAGUCUCUCAAGCGUGCUGUUUCGAGACUACUACACGUCAUACAUAACUUCAAAUCACUGCCAAGCAAAAUCAAUCACUGCCGUGGUUGGCACUACUGUGAGACAGGACUCACUGUAGACGAGUCAAACCAAACCCAAAAGGUAACCCCUCUUAAGGCUCCAGUUGGCAACUUUACAGCGUCAGACCUCUACAAACAUCAGUGGCGCCAAGUCCAGCACCUGUCAAACACCUUCUGGGACAGGUGGAAGAAGGAGUUCCUUCCCACUCUCCAACCACGUCGCAAGUGGCAUUCCAGUCAACUUAACGUGAGCGUAGGUACGGUCGUUAUACUCAAAGACAGCCAAAUUCCCCGAAAUGAAUGGCCUCUUGCACGUGUAACGCAGGUGUUCCCAAGUAAAGAUGGCAAAGUCCGUUCAGUAGAGCUAAGGGUAGUCAGGUCAGAUGAUACAAAGGUAUUGACCAGACCCAUCUCAGAAAUUGUACCUUUGAUUAUUUAAUGAGAGGUAUUUGUUUGUUUUUUCCAGUUAUUUUUGUGGCGUUUAUCCACGCCAAGCGGGGAGUGUUCUGUUACAACUAAAAGUUGUAAACUCUUGUUGUUGAAAUGUGUUGUGCUUAAAUAAGCUUGUUAUGUAAUUAAUAUUAUUACAUGUGUAUUUGUCGCCAUCAUGUGGUCAUGGCAGUUAAUACAUCUUUGAGAAGUGUGUAUUUUGAAUCAAACUUUAUUGACCGGAAGUUACAUAAGCCAAGCAGAGAAAUCUCCAGUUCCAGCACGUACUUUAUGGUGGUUAUUUUCAAAGAAAAACUGCAUAUAUCCUUUGUUUAAGGUUGCAUCGCCGGUAUGUAUCAUAAGUUGAACUUUGAAACUUGGUUUUUGUCUAAAAUAUUUCGAGCUAAAUUUAUGAUUUUUGAUGUAUGAUCUUUGCCAUACUCAUUAGCAAUAAUUUGCGAUGUCAUCUAAGAUGGCGUCGUAGUACAAUUUCACUUUGUUUACCUUCUCAUGUCUUGUAAGGUAGCAUUACAGCAUAUAUAUGAAUACAUUUGCAUAACAUAUUUAUAUAUUGACUGUAUUGUUUGUCUUUUUAGUUUCACCCUUUUGAAUGUCAUUAAACCUGCUGACAACGCUCA